CUAUUCUCUCUUUUUUAGAUGGAUACCAAUACAAAAGACAGAGAGCCCCUUGAAACCAAGGAGUCUGUUGUUAAUGCUGAAAAUGCCUGUUUAUUUUUGAGAAAUGAGAAUCUUGUAACAUCUCAGAAGCAUGCAGCUGAAAUGACUCUUAAUCCUUGCACACCAGAUAAUUUUAAAUCACCUUUGGACUUUUCCACAGUAACUGUAGAGCAGUUGAGAAUUACAUCUGAAAGCUUUGUAAAGAACUCUUCAGGAAAGUCAUCAUCCUACCUAAAAAAAUCCAGACGACGUUCUUCAGUUGGUGUUCGGGGCUCUCCUGAAACAGAUAAUCUGAUUCGUUUCAUUGCUCAGCAGAGGAAUUUAAAGAAUGCAGAGAAGUCUCCUUCGGCACAGAAUUUCCCUUUUCCGGGCAGCCCUGUACUGUAUCAAAAUGUCAGUUCUUUAAGAGAGCGAAUAUCUGCCUUCCAGUCGGCUUUUCACUCCAUACAGGAAAAGGAAAAAAUUACUGACUGUUCUGAAUUCUCAAAGGCAGAGGGAGAGUUUGGGACAAGAGGCUUGACCAAAAAGGAAAGUCUUGGAGAAUGUCCGCAGUCUAUGUUCCCUACACAGCUAUCCAAACAUCGGAGAAUAUCUUGUCAGAGCAACUCUGAUGAAAAUCUAACUAAUGCAAUUGAUCUCCAGACUUUCAAUAUUGCUACUCCUCCCAAUCCAGACAGAACAUAUGCUGUUGAAACAUCUCUUGUAGAUCAUUCCGAGAAAUCUUCUCAGCCUGGUUUAGCACAGUCUGGAUGUCUAAUUGAGUCUAUUCCACUUUCUGAGCUCACCGAGGCUUCAGCUGGAAUCAAGGUUGCUGACUGCAUAGAGAGCAGAGUAUCAAGUGAUAUUGUUUCACUUGACAAACUUGCAGAAGUGAGCACAGGCACAGCUCCCGAAGUCAGGUCCCUGGUUACUCCACUGUGCAAGAGAGAUAUUCUGUCCUCUGAGACCUCUGUGCUUCGUUCUGUGCUGAAGAAACCCUCUGUGAAGCUGUGUCUAGAAAGCCUGCAGGAAUAUUAUGACAAUGGGACUCAUCCAAGCUUAAUCUCAACUCUUGCAAACUAUUGCAAAGAAGAAAAAGCAGAAGGUCAAGAAAAUUGUAAGGUAUCAGCCUUUGUAAAUAUGAGGAAGAGGAAGAGAGUUACUUUUGGAGAGGACCUAAGCCCUGAGGUAUUUGAUGAAUCUCUGCCAGCAAAUACUCCGUUGCGUAAAGGAGAAACACCUGUUCGUAAAAAGGAUUUAAGUACCAUCAGCCCCUUGCUACUUGAAUCAACAGGUCCUGAGCAGUUGCCUCAACCAAACUUUGAUGACAAGGGGGAAAAUCUUGAAAACAUAGAACCUCUUCAGGUAUCAUUUGCUGUUGUGAGCCCUCUUAGUAAGUCUUCAGUUUCCGAGAAUCUUUCAGGCAUGGAUGCACUUAGCUCUUCAAAUAACCACGAGAAAAUACUUUCCUGUAAAGAUGGUAGGAAAACACGGACCUCUAACAGAAGUCAAUUGACCAGUUUUGCAGAAGAGAGUGUUUGCAGCUUAUUUAAUACAGAAGCUGAGCCUUGCAAAGAAAAGAAAAUUAAGAGGAGGAAAUCUCAAGAAAGCAAGCACACAGACAGAGUACUUCGUAAAAAGAAUCCGAUUUUAAAAAGUUGCCGCAAGAAGAAAGCGAGGAGAAAGAAAGGUGUUGAGAAGACAUUGUAUGGGGAAAGAGACAUCGCUUCUAAGAAGCCGCUUCUGAGCCCUAUUCCCGAGUUGCCUGAGGCCUCUGAGCUGUCCUCUUCCGUGCCAGGCGUCCGCAGGGUGUUCUCAGAUUAUUUCAACUCAAAUGGUGAACUUGAAGAAAUGAAGCCUUCUGAAAGAAAGUCUCUUCUUCCUCAGAACUCAGAUUUGCAGUUGAAUCAAGAAUUUAAUAAAUACAAUGUGUCUGAAUUCUGCAGCUCUUACAUAAAAAGUUCCUUGUCACUAAUUAAUGCCACUUUUGAUCAAGAUUCAAAUAUAAGUACUGUAGGAAUGUAUGCAAGUGAAAUCAUUACCAAAUCAGAAAUUAAGUUGGAAAGUGAAAAUGACCUAAAAACUGGGACUGAGAAUGAAAACAGUCAUGUUUCUUGUGCUUCUGUGACUGAAAAACCCCUUGUAUCAGAUGGUCCACAAUCUGAUUUUAUCAUGCAGUCCCAAGAAUUUCCUGCUGCUGGUCAAAACGUGGAAAACCUUUUUCAAAGCUUUCAAGUUUCAGGAGAUAUAAAAUGUGAACAGGAUGACUUCUUAGUAACUACUGAAGAAAAACUGCAGACUAAGCAUUUAAUGUCUGGCUCACAAAAAGUAUGUGAUUAUUCAGAUGAUGUCUUAAUUGACAGUAGAAAAAAGAAAAGGCAAAGUGAGGAUUUGCAAAGAAACUCCACAGCAAGUAGCAGUGGUGUGCAUUGUGAAAGGAAACAUAGAAGACCCUCUGUGUGUGAUCCUGAUGGUCCAAAUUUACGUUUGGAGAAUAAUGGAAUUCUCAAACCUUCCUACAGUGUGGGCAGCUCUGUCAAAAUUAGUUUGGAAAAUUCCGAACUGUAUAAAGAUUUAUCUGACUCCAUAGAGCAAACCUUUAAGAGAACAAAUCAGGAAACAAAAGUCAGACGUAGCACAAGGCUACAGAAAGAUUUGGAAAAUGAAGGACUUAUAUGGGUUUCACUUCCAUUUCCUUCCACUUCCUGCCCUUCCCAAAAAACCAAAAGGAGAACAAUGCAUACAUUUGACAGCAGAGGACUUGAGAGUAUGUCCCCCAGAACAAAAGCUGUGUCCUUCAGACAAAAACCACGUGCACCCUGCUCCACCUCAGAUCCAGAAAACAGUGCGGGCUUCACAGCCAGUUCCCGUCAACCUGAGAAAAGGAGGAAGAGCUUUUGUACAUCUUCACUUGCCAACACUGAAAAUACUAAGUCAAAAUGUUAAAAAAGAAGACCUUUCUCAGCCAGGAGAGAGAGAGCUCUCUAAGGACAUCGAGAGAGUUCACUGCACCGGGGAACUCGGCAAUAAUGCACAUCUCCUGAAGAACAUUUGGCC